GUAGCCGUCACAACACACUGGCCAUCCGACCGACAUACUCGUGUUUAUCGAUACUCUAAUUGUGCCCUAUUAGAGGUGUUACCUGUUCUUAUUUAUCGAAAUUAAAAACGACAGUGAACGUGUCAUAAUGAUCAAAAUUAUAUUCCUAGUGAUGCUACCCCUAGCUUGGAGUUAUGGUGAACCAAAUUUGCAGGGAGGAGGAGCAUUCGCGUACGUGGACUCAUCAGGCCAUAGGUACGGAGGUACAUACGGGUUGAAGGACGGCAGGGUUAUACCCACGUCAGGUGACCCCAUACCCCAGCGCUUCGCCGAUAUCGCGUACCCUAACGAAGACGACUUCGGUACAGCGUAUUUCGCGAACCUCGAGAAUUUACUUCAAGAGGUGUUUCAAAGGAACAUUGAGAAUCAAAGGCUAGCUUUCGACGCCGCCAGAAAAGCCUUCGACUUGACGUCGAACCAGGCUGGUUAUUAUCCCACCCCAAACCUUGCCUCCAGGUUCGCGUUCACCAACAUACCAAGUUUGCCACUACCAAUGCCAAUGCCGCACUUCGGGUCCAAUAGCGCCUUCGCCGGCGCGGCAGCUGGCCCCGGGUUCCAACACCAGGUUGCCUCAAUAUUCCCGGUUAACCCUGCCAACCCCAACGUGAACCACUUCGCCGACACAGUCCAACAGCCAGGCAGAAAUGGAUUCUACUCCGUCUCCAGCAAUUCAUUCUCUUCCUCAUCAAACGUUAAUGGAAAGACCUUGAACUCAAGAGGAGCAGAAACUCUUGUCAACGACAACGGAAGAAUAACCCACUACAAAGUAGAAAACUAAAAGAAAAUAAACCGAUCUUCCUAAUAGCCUCUUAUUCUAAAACACAGAUCUCAUAAUACCCUAAAUUAAGGAUAUUGAAAAAACUACUGCUAUUAUGAACCUUAUAUUUGGUAGCGUAGAGGCGAAAAAAUUCUGUUGAUAAUACUAUUAGUUGGUCUGUUAAGAAAUUUAUUUAUAAUUGAGAUGUAUCAAUAAAAUGAUUAUACGGUUA